AUGUCUGAAUAUCUAGCUCAGACGCCCUGUAAAUUCACUAUUUGGUCAAGCGAGAUCGACCUUAUCAGAACAAAUCUGUUGGUGAACGCCCAUCCUUUAAGCACGGUUGGAAGACUACUUCAAUAUAUCCAUUAUCAAAUCUACAAACAAUUAAGGGCUAUCGAUCAACCAGAAGAGCAGUGUACGAACUCAGCAAUAUCUCACACACCCUUAAAUAGUAUCAACACUUAUUAUCUAAGUUACGAAGGCAGAGAGUUAUCUGCAACGUGUUUAUUAAAAGACAUCACAUCACCUAGCCAUCUAGAUUCGAACCAUUUCAUAAGACUACAGCUGGAAAAGCGUGCUUCCCCUUCCGGUUCCGCAUUUGACUUGGAAUAUGAUAUCGACAGUGAAUUUAACUCGAUGAAUAUUCAAUUUGAGAUAAAUACACUAUCUUCUCAACGUAUAUUUAAUUCCAUGGAACCACACUUGCCUAUCGGCACCACAUUGGCUAGAUUAGAGAAAUUGGCAUUGGAACGUAUAAAGGACUUCGAAAAAUCAGCAGGUAAUCUCUGUGGUAUUAAAGAGGACCACUCAGUGCAUGACUUGCAGGGGUUCAUAAUAAAGGGGAAACAGACACCCAUGUUUUUAAAUUAUGGAAGUGAUUCAGAUUACUAUAAAGAUUUGAAUUUAGUAGAUUUGCUAGGCAUUGAUUUUGCCCCGGCACAUAAUUCUUUUUUCACAUUUUUGUUCAAGAUGAACCAUGAACAGAGUUCGCACAUUGCGAACGAUGAAGAGGGGUUUGUGUUGGAAUUCAUAUCUGACGCCACGCUAUCUAUAACUCAAAUGAAUGUUAAGCCCGAUACCACGGUAAAACAAGUGAAAGAUUUCAUUUGUUCUGUUUACACCCACUCAUUAAACUUGAGGAGAAAUGACAUCAAGUUGAUAUAUAAGGGACAAUUGCUUCAUGAGAAUAAUUUUGCGGGCAACUCUUCAAAGAUCAGCGAGUACAUUAAAGAGCCGCAUGAAGUGAAGGUGCAUGUACAAAUUAACCAAGAGUAUACAGAAUCUGGCCCUGGAUUUUGGAAUGAAGUGUUCAACAAUCCAAAUAUUUUUCAAUUCAUGCCUCCAGAUACAAGGUCCCAAUCGCCUGUUAGUUUUGCUCCCACUCAAGGACAAUCUUCUGCUGCCAUACCUGAGGACGAACAAGGUGUACAAUACGUGACUGAAUCAGGAAAUGAUGACAUCGUUCCUACAGAUGAGCUUUAUAGGAAAUGUAUCAUUAACGGGAAUGAAGUGGUAUUCAUUCCUGUCAGCGAACUAAAUCCACAAUCGAGCUAUUUGUCCGUAAUUAAAGGGGAUUACGGUGAAAUCAAAAUCCCCGUAUCUUGUAAUGAUUACAAGAUAAGUGGUGACAAUAUUUUGCUAUCACCUUCCACAAUAGAACAAUUGGAGUCUGUUUUAAACUUCAAGAUCGAGAGGCCACAGACUUCGACAGGCUUGGGAUCAUCUGGUGAGCAUGCUCGAUUCGCAGAUAAUACAGUCCCGGAAAAUGAUAAUAAUGCAGCUGAAAAUGAGUCAGCAUGGAAUAGGAGAGUAUUGCGUCCCUUGAGGAACAGCUUCCCACUGCUACUGGUAUUGAUAAGAACAUUUUACUUAAUCGGUUAUAAUUCAUUGGUUCCUUUUUUCAUUAUUUUAGAGUUUGGAAGCUUCCUUCCCUGGAAAUAUAUCAUUUUACUAAGCUUACUUUUCAUUUUCAGGACUGUUUGGAAUACGCAAGACGUGUGGAAUUUGUGGCGAGAGUAUUUCCGCUUAAAUGAGAUUGAUGAAGCCAAGUUCAGCCAGAUCAAAGAUUUUAUCAAUUCCAAUUCCUUGACCUUAAAUUUCUACAAGAAAUGUAAGGACACUCAAUCUGUUAUUGAUUUGCUGAUGAUACCCAAUCUGCACGAGCAAAGGCUAUCAGUCUAUUCUAAAUACAAUAUCGAAUAUGACGCCAACACCCCUGACGUUGGACAAUUGAAAUUGCUAUUUAUCAAGGUAUUAUCGGGUGAGAUCCCUAAGGACGCACUGGAUGAGCUGUUCAAAGGAUUUUUCGACUUAUAUGAGGCGACAAGAAAUAUGAACCCACUAUACCCUCAAGACUCUCUGAAUGAAUUGCUGCUGAUGAUUUGGAAGGAGUCCAACAAGAGAGACAUUAAUACACUACCUAAGUACAGAAGGUGGUUUCAAACCUUGUGCUCGCAAAUAGCGGAGCACAGCAUCUUUGAUGUCAUACUCAGGUACAUAAUUCCGGACCCGGUAAAUGAUAGGGUUAUAACCGCUGUGGUAAAGAACUUCGUGCUCUUUUGGGUUACGCUACUCCCCUAUGUGAGGGAGAAGCUAGAUGAUAUUGUUGCACAGAGAGCAAGGGAUCGUGAACAACCGGCUCCAUCCGUCCAACAACAAGAAAACGAAGAUGAAGCCCUCGUGAUCCCUGACCAAGAAGAAUCCACCGCCACAGGUGCACAACCUCAUCUCUACAUCCCUGAUGAAGACUGA